AUAAUACAGACUAAAUAAUACAACCCACCAAAUGAAAGUCGUCAUUAUAAUCUAUACAUACUAUAUAUCAGAGACUUGAAGGCAGCAGAAAUGUUUUGGUCUGGACUACUUAUACUUUUUGUUUUACAUUUUACUAAUGGCUGCAGAGAAGUUGUCUCUGAUCUUGUCAUAUUAAUAGAUGAGUCUACUAGUAUUUCACCCAAAGAUUUUGAAGUGGAGAAACAGUUUGCAGCUAACAUAACUAAUCAGUUCUUUGAUAGCAAAGGGAUGACACAUGCAGCUGUCAUCAGAUUCAGUGACACUGAACGUACACUAGUCAUAAGUCAUUUAGGAGAUGUCAACAAUCCUGUUAUAUUAAAAGAAAUUAUACUAGCAAUUAGUAAUAAUGACUCUGACUUUGGUAGGGGUGCAUCCACACAUCACAAAGAUGCCAUGAUACUAGCUAGAGAACAACUUAGAGACCGAGGGAGAAAUGGGGUAAGAAAAAUCAUUAUAUUCAUAACAGAUGGUCUUCCUGAGGAUGAGAAUAGUCGUAUAAAAGGGUCUAAUUCACCACAGUCUGCUAUUGGGGAGGCGACUUUUGCAAGGAGUGAAGGGGUUGAAAUUUUCUGUAUUGGUGCCUUCUAUCCUAAUACAAUAGUGAAUGCAACACUGGAACUGAUAGCUAUUGCAGGAGAUCCUAACAGAGUUAUUGUGACUAACUUUGAAAGUCUUAACAACUCACUGGCUGACAGAGUCACUGAAAAAAUUUGUGACUAUAUGCAAUCAUCAAGUGACACUUUGCCCAUGCAGAGUUCAAUAGGCAAUGAAGGACAGAUAACCCAAGUGUCAAGUGUACCAAAAAGCCAAACUCUUGGUACAAGCAUAGCUCAGUUGCUGACUAUAACAAGUUGUACAUCAUCAAGUUUAGUACCAUCAACAAGUAUCCUAUCAUCAUUGAUAAAUGAUCCAUCAGUUACAAGUUCAAUACAAGAUAAUGAAGGUGCAGGCACUGUAGGCCCAGUGAAUGGCAUGAUUAUUGCAGCACUUGUGAUCUCAGGAUUGAGUCCAUUACUGAUCAUUAUAUUGAUAGUUGUAUUAUUUGCUGUUCUUCUCUAUUUGAAAAAACUCAAAAAAACAGUGUCUAAAUCUAGUAACAGCUCUGUUGGUAAUGAGACAAGCAAUAUGGCUUUUGAUACAAAUGUGAGCUAUGAAACACAUAAGAUACAAAAUGAGAUAGCUACUUCAUUUGUGUAUGAAGAAAUUAAUAACUAUCAAAUGUCAAGAAAACAAUAAAAAUCAAAAUACUCAUCAAUUAUUAAUUAUAAGAUAGAGACAACUAAGAUUAUCAGUUUAUUGUAUAUUAAUGGUAAUAUACUUUCCAAUAUUUUAAUCCUGGCUGCAAAUUUAA